AUGUCUGAGCCUGUAAACCUUAUCGAGAAUGCGGUAGAAGAAAAUAUUAUGAAUGUGGAAGUGGAAGUUUUCGAGAAUACGGGAGAUGCAGUGCAAAUUUUGGAUAUCGUGAAUGAAGAUAUCGUGAAUGAGUUUCAUUCGGAUGAGUCAGGUUCAUAUCUCGAAGAGCUCGAAGAGACCGAUAAAUUAGAAUUAGACAACGUUGAAAUAUUUAAUAGGAUAGGUCGUUUUUCAUUUGGAUCAAAUGCACCUGUUCCGUUUGCAGAAUUUUUAGUACUUGUAAAUAGAGUAUCCGAUGCAUACAAUGAAAUGGUAAAAAUAUACCAAUCAGCUGAAUAUAAUAAAGAAACAUGUGGGAAUUUGUUGGAUAAGGUUCAAAUAGCUCAUACAGCCGUAAGCAAUUUAAAAAAUCUUGAUGAAAAUGAUGAAUAUUUUUCACAAGAAAAUUUUGACAAAUUGGAUGUAGUGGUUGCUGUCGUUGUUGAAAUUCGUGAACUUGCUGGAGAAUUUACUCAGUUAACAAGUUUAUCCGAAUAUGAAGAUAAAAUUAAUAAAAUUAAUGAUAAAAUUAUUUAUUUUGAUUCAAACAUGAUCAGUUGA